UGUCACUGUCAAAUGUCAAUACCACAGACAAAAUACGCAAAACAAACGUGCUGUGAAAAAGCCUAAAAAGUACCGAAAGGCAAUUUAUUUUGCGAAAAAAAGCAUUAUAAAUGAAAAAUGGCGGUGCGGCCACAGCACAUGCACGAUGGUGGAAUUGUGGAGCGUCGGUUGCGACCAAUUUACGACUGGUUGGACAUUGGCAAUAACAAGAAGGCGCUGCAGGAAGCCGAGAAAGUGCUUAAAAAAAGUCCUUCUUUGCAAGCGGCGAGAGCUUUGAAAGCCCUAGCACUUUUUAGGUUAGGAAAAGGACUUGAAGCGCAGGUAGUUCUUGAUGCACUGGCUGAUGAGAAACCGAGCGAUGAUACCACGCUGCAGGCGAUGACGAUAUCCUAUAGAGAAUCUCAACAACUACACAAAGUCUGCAUGUUAUAUGAGAAUGCGGUAAAGUCAGAACCAACCAAUGAAGAGCUGCACUCCCAUUUGUUCAUGUCCUACGUGAGGGUCGGAGACUAUCGGUCACAACAGCGGGCUGCCAUGGCUCUGUACAAGUUUGCUCCCAAGAACCCUUACUACUUUUGGGCUGUUAUGAGCAUUGUUUUACAGGCCAAAACAUCAGAAGACAACACAAAAAGAGGCAUCCUACUAGCUCUAGCUCAAAGAAUGGUGGACAACUUCAUAAGCGAAAACAAAAUGGAGGCCGAACAAGAAGCCCGUCUUUACAUUAUGAUCCUAGAACUUCAGGAAAAAUGGGAAGAUAUUUUGAAAUUCAUUGAGAGCCCGUUAUACUCCCAGCUGGUACCAGGAUCCACUGCUCAAGCCUCCAUCCCUUAUCUAAAGAAGCUCGGUCAAUGGAAACGGCUCAACGUAGUUUGCAAAGAACUCCUAUGGGACAAUCAAGACCGCUGGGACUACUAUGUACCGUACUUUGACUCAGUAUUCUAUCUGAUGAAGGAGAAUGAAGAAGAUACGGAUAGUUCUAUUGAUAAUACUGCGGAGAAGUGCCAUGAGUUCAUUUGUCAAUUGGUUGAAAGUAUGUCCUCGGGACGGACACUUAGAGGACCGUACUUGGCUCGGUUGGAGCUGUGGAAGAGAUUGGCUGUUGAUGGAGACCCUACGUCCCUGAUUGGUAGUGGUUUGGCUUUAUGUGUGCAAUAUUUAAGAGUAUUUGCUAACAAACCUUGUGCGGUGCCAGAUUUGAGACCGUACCUUGGAAUGAUACCGCAGAAGGAGAGAGAAGAGAAUUGUAGAGAGUUCCUGACUUGUCUUGGCUUUGAUGAGAACAGUGAGCCGGAGUCGGGUUCCCUCAUCGAGACCACAUUCGCACAGCGAGUUGUCACGUACACGGAUCUUGGCAAGGAAUACCGGACUAGUACAGUGGCCGAGUCUGAGUCUGCACAAGGACGAAAUAGUUUGUCUGGGAAGCUUCUUAUACUUGGAAAACCAAGGUUUCCGCCGGAUGUCGGGCUGGAUACUUGCAAAGUAAGCUCCUUUACGCUUGGAGGAGUCCACCCACACUGCAGCCCACGAGUCGAAAAGCUUGAGUUUGGUAUCCGCGCGUAUGUCAUACCCAUACACAAUGUAGUGGUGACGUUCAACAUUAUUCACGGCCGCAAACUUUGCCAAUCUGCGGAUGACAUACAACGUCACAUAUCCUGUCUCGCCGCCUGGCGCCUAGUAGCGGCGCCACUGUCGUCUACUGGCGCCCUAGAGUUAGCUGCCACGCUCCGUGGACAUUAUAUGCGAUGUCUACAGAAAGGACUUGUCACAUCAAAUAUCACGGAGUUCUGUGCUGCCGACCAUUACGGCAUUUUGGCUGCUCAUCAUUAUUUUUAUGCUGGAGUAGAGCAGCAGAGCUCAGCCCCUAUCGUGGAGGCGCUGUGCCUGCUGGAGCUGGUGCUGCAUCACUCGCCCGCCAACUUCCACGCCAAGCUGCUACUUGUCAAGCUGUACCAUCUGUUAGGUAACGCGUUGGCAGCAGACAGUAUCUACCAGCGCCUGGAAGUGAAGCACAUCCAGCUGGUGUCGCUGGGCUGGCUGCACUGCGCGCGCCUCGCCCCCGCCUGCCUCGCCAGCAGGGCGCUGCAGCUACUGGCCGACACCAGGGCCUUCCUCAAACAUCAUGGGAAGGAUAGCGUGGAGCACCUAACGUACGCGUACAAGUACGGUACGUUCGAGAAGCUGGUGGAGCUGUCUGCGUGGGCGGCGCGCCUGGAGGCGUGCGGCUGGGGGGCGGCGGCCGCGCGGGACCAGGCGCUGCUCGCGCAGCUCGCCGGCCCGCCCGCGCUACUGCACCAGCCCUCCCGUCUGCCCGCACUGCCUACCGACAACCGCGACCUCAACGUUAUAGUGAACUACGAGCCGCCGCAGUUCCAAGAUGACAACUUGAAGGCGCGUACCUUUGACCAGGAGGUAUCCUAUCUCCGGCUCAAGGACGCCCUAGUGUCGGCCAUCGCGCUAUGUAUCGAGCUGGCGGACAGUCGACCCGUGGAGGAGAAGAAGGGGCAUUAUGAACAACUGAAUACUUGUGUAGAAGCUUUCAGUGGGGCGAUGGAGAAAUGUCGGCAGUUAUACGCUGAGAAAGAAAGGAUUAGCAUAUCUGCGCCGUUCCCUUCUAGGAUUAUUGCAUUUGUAAACUCACCGGUACCUUACCGGGAGUUGUACGCGACGAUACUGCGACUAGUCGGCGAGUUGGCGAUCAGUCGCACGACUGCAGCGCACGACGCGUGUGAGACUGUCGCACGACUGUUGCCCAAGGCUCAGCUACAGCUGCAGGACGAGAUCGCCGUCAAAGGAGACCCCGUCUGGAGGAUGAGAGACCGACUUGAAAGCCUAUCUAAUUAUUUAGAGUUCAUAGGUAUCAUCACAUUCUUGCUGGGCGUCUGCAACGAGCUGUUCUCCCCCGCUAGCGCCAAGAAAUCCAAGAAGAAAACCAACCACUCUCCCGACGAAAUCAAAACAUCAGAACUGUUGAACAAACUCAACAACAGCGCGCAAACUUCAAUUGCCUUCCUCGAAAAUAUACUAGACGAGUGGCCCAAGUAUGAAGUUAGCAUCGAUGAAAUACUCGCCAAAUUAAGCCUAGACGAUAAAUACCAAAGCCCAGUAGAAAAUAAACUGAAAACAGGCCGAGACGACAUGCUGAACGACGUUAGGAACAUUCUCAAAAGGAAAUCGAAAUACUUGAAGAGUCUGCUACAAUGAUGCCUUUGGACUAAGUGCUUGUACGAAGUAAUUAAGUAUUGUUUUUAUAAUAAAUAUACAUAUCUUGUAAAUACUUUUGUCUUUGCUGUACGCGUUGUUGAUGCCGGCGGAGUUGAGU